CCGUGUCCAGAAAUUGAGGAUGAAACACCGCCGCCCAAAGAUUCACCGUGUGAGGUGCGUGUCUAUUCAUGUUUGGUGUACUCAACGUGUAGCACAUGCGCUCUGUGUAAAUACGAGCUUUCAACGUCAGCUGCAGUGGACGAAGAUCCAUUACGUGAGCUGAAAUUGAUGAGGCGCCAGCUGGGACGUUUGUCGACACGGCUGUAUCAAUUAGAAGAUGAAUUUGAGCGUAGGAAAACCAAAGAUUCGUUGCUGUGGGCAUACGCUUUCACCGUUACUGGUCUAUUCUUGUAUUUGUUUUUCAAGAAAAGAAUUUGA